UUCCAUUUCCUUUUUUUUUUUUUGCAUCCAUUUUUCCCCGCAUUUAAGUAAUCUGUGGGAAAAAACCAUAUCACCCAGGGGGAGAGGAGAGGAGAGAGGAGAGGAGAGGAGAGCAGAGAGGAGAGAAAGAAAAAAGGAGGGAAUAAGGAAGGGGGAAAUAAUAGAAGGGAGGAGGGUGCAAAAAAAAAAUACUAUCAAAGGAAAUCAAAUAAAGGCCUCGGCAUUUAUUUAUAUAUUGUUUUUUAUUUAUUUUUAAUUUUUUGUGAAUGAGCGUGACACCGAGAGUGUCUGCAGUCAGCAGGAGAAAUGGGUUAGACUGGGAUUAGUCAUGAUGUGGAGCUAAAAACAAAAAGCCCAGGGUGUGUGUGUGUGUGUGUGUGUGUGUGUGUGCGUGUGUGCGUGUGUGUGUGUGUGUGUGUGUGUGUGUGUGUGUGUGUGAAAGAUGUCAGCUCCGGAGUUGCCGGACCUGAGCCACCUGACUGAGGAGGAGAGGAAGAUCAUCCUCUCGGUCAUGGAUCGGCAGAGGAAAGAGGAAGAGAAGGAGCAGUCCAUGUUGAAGGAAUCCCUCAACAAAGGGCCAAUGUCUCAGCUUUCUCAGAGGCUGCAUCAGCAGUUUGAGAUGUAUAAGGACCAGGUGAAGAAACUCGGAGACGAGACUCCGAAGAAUCAGGAGCAGAAGACUGACUCUCCGACCUGCGGGAUUUGCCACAAAACCAAAUUUGCUGACGGCUGCGGUCACGUUUGUUCUUAUUGCCAAACCAAGUUCUGUGCUCGCUGCGGGGGUCGAGUGUCUCUGCGCUCCAACAAGGUAAUGUGGGUUUGCAACUUGUGCCGAAAACAACAAGAAAUCCUCACCAAGUCAGGCGCCUGGUUCUACGGAGGUGCUGAGGUCCGAAAGUUAGGACCUGAGGUCAAAGGUCAUCUAGACUCGUCUGGAUUAGCUGUGAAAAGUGUCCCAGUGGACAGGAGAAGCCCAUCGGCAUCCAGGACAUAUAAAGGGGACUUCACAGGACGUCAGCAUGGGGACGGCUUCAUGCCUCGCUCUCCGUCCGACUCGAACCGCUGGCGUUACCAGGAGCGCCACCUGGACGGUCAGAUAGACGAUCGUGAGCUCCAGCGGCAGCUGGAGGAGGAGUAUCGCUCUCGUUACCGCAGCGACCCCAACCUUGCGCGGUACCCCGUGAAACCACAGCCCUAUGAGGAGCAGAUGCGAAUCCAUGCUCAGGUCUCCAGAGCACGGCACGAGCGGCGCCAUAGUGACGUUUCCUUGGCUUUCACUGAGCUUGACGACGCUCACAACGGUUUCGACAGCCAACGGCCCGCAUCAAAGCGCUCAUAUUCCAUGGACAGAAGCUCACCGGCUCUCAGGACAUUCAGUAAAAUGCACCAUCUGGACCCGGGCAUGAUGGAUGGUGUGAUGAGGACUGACUCGCUCAGUUCGGAUCAGUCCGAGUCAAUGAGGCCUGCGAGGAGCCGGAGAACGGGGAGGUUCAGAGCGGCAGGGAGCUUCAGCAGCUCGGAGGAAGAGAUCAACACCACGCCAGAAUACACCAGCUGUGAGGACGUGGAGCUUGAGUGUGAAUCCUUUGGAGAAAAAGGAGAUAUGGAUGGCCACUGGUGGGAUUAUGCGUCUUGGCAUAACGAGUCCACACCAAUGUCCAUGCACCCGGUGACGUGGCAGCCGUCCAAAGACGGAGAUCGGUUAAUUGGGCGGAUUUUACUGAACAAGCGACUGAAGGAUGGCACGGUGCCCCGAGACACGGGCGCUAUGCUGGGCCUCAAGGUGGUUGGAGGUAAAAUGACUGAAUCUGGUCAACUUUGUGCUUUUAUUACCAAAGUAAAAAGAGGAAGCUUAGCAGAUACAGUUGGCCAUCUCCGACCUGGCGAUCAGGUUCUCGAGUGGAACGGCAGGGUUCUUCAGGGAGCCACAUUUAAGGAAGUUUAUAAUAUUAUUCUAGAGUCCAAACCUGAGCCACAAGUUGAGCUUCUGGUCUCACGGCCCAUCGGUGAUGUACCCAGAAUAUCAGAGAGCACACAUGGACAGCUGGAAUCCAGUUCGAGUUCAUUUGAAUCGCAGAAGAUGGGCCCAUCCAUUUCCGUCACAUCUCCCAUGAGUCCCGGCGUCCUUCGUGAUGCUCCUCAGUAUCUGUCUGGACAACUUUCAAGUCCAUGCCUUAAUAGAAGAACCACGCCUUUUGUCCCUAGGGUCCAGGUUAAGCUAUGGUACGACAAAGUGGGACACCAGCUGAUUGUUACCAUUUUGGGUGCCAAAGACCUGCCUGCUCGAGAGGAUGGCCGCCCCAGGAACCCCUACAUCAAAAUUUACUUCCUCCCUGACAGAAGUGAUAAAAGCAAAAGAAGAACGAAAACAGUGAAGAAGUCACUAGAACCUAAGUGGAACCAGACGUUCAUGUACUCGCCUGUGCAUAGGCGUGAGUUCAGGGAACGAAUGCUGGAAAUCACACUGUGGGACCAGGCCCGAGUUCGAGAGGAGGAGAGCGAGUUCCUUGGAGAGAUUUUAAUAGAGCUGGAGACAGCUCUGCUGGAUGAUCAGCAUCACUGGUAUAAACUCCAGACGCAUGACGUUUCCUCUAUGCCACUGCCAAACCCUUCACCAUAUAUGCAGAGACGCUUCGUUCAGGGAGAGAGUCCGACACGGAGGCUACAAAAUAAAGGCACAUAUUAUCACGGCCCAGGAUCACAGCGAAUCAGUGACAGUGAGUUUUCCGACUACGACUGUGAGGAUGGGGUUGGCGUGAUUUUAGAUUACCGGCACAAUGGUAGAAAGUUCCAGAGCUCUACUCUGUCCGUUCCCGAGCAGGUCAUGUCGUCCAAUCAUCGCUCUCGAUCAGACGUGAUGCGCAAUCGCUCUCGUUCUCCCAGCGUUCCUCCUCCUCACAGUCGGAGUUUAGAUCACGGCGUGAGAGGACCAGUGCAUUACGGACACCGAAAUCGACUCUCCGAAGACCAGUAUUCACCUGAUAGGAGGAUGAGGCGUGAUAGGCGACUGUCAGUCUACAGCGACUCAUAUGAAUCUCCCGAGAGACAUUACAAUGGUCCCGAUCACGUUCCCUCACCGUGGCCUAAUCACCUCACGAACGGAUCCUCUGAGGAUUACAGGUACGCACGCGCCACAAUGGACAGACAUUACAGGUCGAGGUCAGCUGACCAGCGGCCGAUGAUGGAGAGACACUUCUACACACGCUCGCGCUCGUCUGAGCGUCCCGAACCGUCCUACAUGAGGUCCAUGCCGUCUUUACCCUCCAGGAGAUCUGCCCCUCCCUCUCCUGCCUUAACGAGGGCGAACCCUCGGGCCGGAUCGGUCCAAACGAGUCCCUCGAGCACGCCGGCAUCGGCUCGAAGAGGUCGUCAGUUACCGCAGGUUCCUCCGAAGGGCUCCAUGGACAGGAAUGGAGGAGAGGGCGUGGCAGAUCCGUACGAAGGAUCAGCUCCACCUCCAGCUCCACCUCCUUCAGUGCCAGAAAUUGAGGAAAAGUCUGUGGCUCCCCCUCCUGUCAACGGGCGGAAAGGUUCUCUGAAGGAUCCAUCCAGGAGGGGAAUGGACAGUCUGUCCAUGAAGUCCUCGGACAGUGAUGUUAGCGAUGUAUCCGCCAUGUCCAGCGCGUCUCGGCUCAGCAGCGCGAGCUACGUGUCCGUCCAGUCUGACAGAGCGCGGGCCGCUCGCAAAAUUAGUGGGUUUACAUCCAAAAUGAAACACAGGGCUCCGACUGCGGCUCCUGGCUCCAACAUCACCAAGAGCUCCAGCGUCGGAGGAGAAAUGUGUUCGCUCGGCAGGAAUGACGAUGACGAGGAUGACAAGAAGAGGCGCUCGAGCUUCGGGGCCAAGAUGGCUGCCAUGGUGGGUCUGGGGAAGAAGAGCCAGAGCACAUCACAGCUGGAUCCAGAGGAGGAGGGAAAGAAGAAGAAGCCGGUGCGUUUGGCCAUUCAGAGGAGUGUAGAGACGGGUCUGGCCAUCGAGAUGAAGAGCAGAAUGACGCGACAGCCGAGCAGAGAGACGGCCGAGGAAGGAGAGAACCCCAAACCGGGAAAUCUUAUUUUCCCCGGUGUAAAGAUCUCGACAGACAGUCAGUUCAGCGAGUUCUUGGACGGUCUCGGCCCCGCCCAGCUCGCUGGGAGGCAGACCCUGGCCACGCCCCCAAUGGGUGAUAUACAGAUCGGAAUGGUGCACAGGAAAGAGCGUCUGGACGUCGAGGUAAUUCGUGCUCGAGGUCUGGUGGGAAAACCGGGCAACAAACAGACCCCAGCUCCGUACGUUAAAGUCUAUUUACUGGACAAUGGGAAGUGUGUAAACAAGAAGAAGACGCGACUGGCCAGAAAAACUCUGGACCCUUUGUAUCAGCAGCAGCUGCAGUUUGAGGAGAGUCCAGAGGGAAAAGUGUUACAGAUCAUCGUGUGGGGAGAUUACGGCCGCAUGGACCACAAGUCGUUCAUGGGAGCCGCUCAGAUCCUGUUGGACGAUUUAGAGCUCACCAACAUGGUGAUUGGCUGGUACAAACUGUUUCCUCCCACCUCACUUGUGGAUCCCACGUUAGCUCCUUUAAGCGGCAAAGCUCACGAAAGAACAACCGACAAAUCAAACGCUCGCUCAUAACGGCACUGAGACGUCCUCUGCAUGCUUCACGCUGGGUCCCGUGGGAAGGCCGAGAGCAAGAACACGCCGCCGUCUUCCUGCUGCCAAAAGAGAAACGAGGAAACGGGAAGACGCAGGAGCCGAGCGUUUGGGUCCGAGCAUCGUUAAUGUCAGACAGACAGACAGACAGACAGACAGACAGACAGCUCAGAAGUCUGAAGCUCGACUCAUUGUGGGACAGAAGAAGACAAAUAACAGUCGUGCUUCAACAAGAGAGACGUUUUUUGGAGGGAAAAACACAAACCUUUGGCUGAUUUGUUUUCUUUUCAAAUGGACAACAGUGUGAGCUUGGAAUAUUUCUGUGGAGAAAUGAGAAGAAAUCCUACAAAAAGCCAUGUGGACCAACCGAGAGUGAGAGAAGGAGGAGAACAGCGAGAUACGGAAGGAGCUCAGAAAUCAAACCUCGUGUGUGACUGGUGACCAUGAGCAAGAAAAAUGAGUCUAAGGUCCAGAGAGAAAGAAGACAAACCUUGUGAGGGUGUUCGGUUUCAUGUCAGUGUUGUGUUACUAAAAACUCGAGUGAAAAGAAAUAAAAACGCACAAAAAGCCAUGUGGACCAACAGUAACAGGCGGAAGAGAGGAUUCAGGUUCCUUAAAACGGACAAAAGAAAUAAAGCCAAUUUCAGUCGAUUUUAAAGAGAACAUUCAUGAGAUGUUUUGUUUCAUAUGCAAAAGGAGCUCAAUGUUCUCCAUACAGAGAUGACCACAAAAAAGAACAGAAAUAAAUAAUAAAAAGAAGAUGCACUCUAAACAAGCCAUGAGCGGGCUAACGAGAGAAAAAAAAAGAAAAAGAGAAAGAAGCUGAGAACGAAUCUCCGAAGCCCUGCUGCACUUCCUCAAUCAAGCCAGAUAAAACAAUUCAUUAAAAACGUUCCUGUUUUGAUAAAGAUUUCAAAACCACAAAAUUCCAAAAAAAAAACAAAACCCACAAGAUCUACAAACUUCUUUUGCGCUCUGAUACGAUGCUCUUUUCAGUGAUGUACUGUAUUAAAAGUCAUGAGGAGAAUUUUAUUUUAUUUAUUUAUUUAUUUAUUUUUGCAUGGAUGCAAAUAAUCCUAAAAAAUAGGGAUUAUUUUUUUCAAGGCUGCUACUAAAAAAAGGAUCAAAACAAAACAAAAACAAACGGAAAAAAACAAAAAAACGCCCGAUCGGCCAUUUUUAAUGGUUUCUAUUCGGAUGAGUUAAGAGAAAUCUCCAGUGCAUGCUUUACAGUAAGAGUGACUGCGAUGAAGAUGAAGAUGAAGAUGAUUGUCGUUGUACUUCUGUAUUUUUUGCAGAUCAGCAGCAGUGUGGCCUGGAAAAAUAAUCAAACCCAUUUCCAAAUAGAAAAAGACAAAAAUGAAUCAUUAAAAAAUUUUCCAGACUACACGGCACGGCGUUUUUCUCCUCGUAGUUGCUACAGUAUACGUCUUCAUCUUUAUCAUGUUAUUAUUACAUGUAAUUGUGAUUAUUUUUCUACACAAAUAGAGAAACAGAAAUCACAUUACAAUCAUCAGACUAAUGCAAAUCUCCAGGCUUAACAUCAGAUUUUUUUCUCCAUGCAGAGUUUAAGAGGACACGAGUCACAUCCUGGGAAAUACCACAAACUGAUAAGAGCCUUAAAAUCCACUCAUUUUAAUCCAGUGACUUGUAAAAACUUCAGAGGCUGCCAUGUUGAAUUGUUGCCACUGGGGGGCGCUGUGUUUAAUCUCUCCCAAACCAGGCAUGUCCAAAAAAAUUUAUAAAUAAAUAAAUAAAGAGAGAUUAAACUUUACUCAAACAUUUGAGCAUGUUUUACUAAAAGAAUGUGUGUGAGAGUUAGCGGUCAGUGCAUGCAGACGUGAAGCUCGGCUCCUCGACUUUAUCAAACAACAUCUAAACUCACUUUUCCACAUUUAUUUUAUUUUUGCAUUUAUUUACUCCUUUAAAAAAAAGCAAGUGAUUCCCAUCAAAAUAAUAAUUAAACAAAAAAAAAAAAAAACUUUUGCAAGGGAAACCUGGGCAAGUCGUUCAAAUGAAUCUUAAAAUAAUUUUAUAACAGAUGUUGACUAAUAAGAUUGCAAGUAUAUUUUAUUUUAAUAAAGAAAAAAAAAGAUAAAAAAUAAAUAAACAAAUAAAUAAAUACACUAUUAGAUGGUGAGUGUCACAGAGUCACAGACUGGUGUAUGAAAUGGGAAAAUUGCCACACAGUUUUUAAUUGUUUUCUUGUUUUGAGAAAAUAAA